CGCCUACAGAGCAAAGGAAGUAAAUCAACUUCACCACUCAGUCUUCUUCUACACAAGGAAGGCGCUAUCCCUCGGCGCCGUCAUCACAGGUGACAACUCCGUCGAAAAACACAGUUGAGGUCAUCUCUCUCUGUUGGAGAAGAAAUGAAUGCUUUCAAGGCUUUUAAAGCCAGUGUCCCAAUUGCAUGGAGCCCUAAUCUAUAUAUAACUUUGGUAAGGGGAAUCCCAGGAACCAGGAGACUUCACAGGCGUACUUUAGAGGCAUUACGUCUCCGCAAGUGCAACCGAACUGUUAUGCGAUGGAACACUCCUACAGUUAGGGGAAUGCUCCAACAGGUUAAGAGAUUGGUCGUGAUUGAGACAGAAGAGAUGUAUAAGGCCCGCAAACAAAAUUUGGAAAACCACCGAGCUCUACGUCCCCCUUUGGUCAUAAAUCACCUACCUGCUUCUGCAAGUGGUUCUUCUUAAUAGCCUAUGUAAUUGUUUAGAGGUCAGCUUUCAGCUUCUUAGAUAUGUGCCUUUUGAUUGAGGAGACUAAUUUUCCUAUAGUGUAUUUCUUAUAAGCAGCCAAAGCUGGAUCCAGUUCUUUAUCAAUUUCUAUAUUUGGCUUUGUACCUCCGAAUUUGCGGUGGUUCUGAACUAGUGAAUUCAUACUGAAGCAAGUACUAUUGCAAUUAAGCAGGGCUUCUAUUUGCAUAUGCUGCACUGUGGAUGGUUUGAUUUGAUGAAUGGCUGAUUUUCAGACA